UCGCGCGUCUGCGGCGCCCUAUGACCGCGACCUCAGCCGGCCAAGCUCGGCGACGAACCCCGAACACUGCAACACGCGCGAUCCGCGUUGUUCUGCGUUGCGCGCUACGUCGCACACGGCGAGGCCUCUCUUCCUCUUGCUCGCUUGCCUUUCCCUCUCGACGAAUUCUCCCGCUGAAAACAGUCUCGUCCUUCGCGUUCGUCGACCUGUCGUCGACAGCGACGCUCUGACGCUAACGACGUCGACGGCGACGAGGACGACACCGCGGCUUCACGCUGCCGCAGGGCGCCCGCGCAACCCGGGAGCCGACGGGAGAGAGGAGGCCAUAGCUCGCGCCUGCGAGAGACGCGACGCGGUAACGAGCAGCAGCAGCAGCAGCAGCAGCAGCGGAAAGCGCCGCCGGUGAGUCAGGCCAGCAAGGACGUCGGAUGUGCCCCACUGAGGAGCUGCCGGCAGCAACGACAACGACGACGGCAGCAGGUGGGAGUAGCAGCGGCGCUCCUCGUAGUACCUGGCUUUGAUGAGAGUAGGGAGCGUCGCGCAACAUAUCGCGCAACGUCGUGCAAAAGGAUCGAACGCGCGCUGUCAGGCAACUCGCUCGCUCGCUCGCCUGCCAAGAAGCCGCCUCUCGCGAUCGGUGAGUCAUCGUUAGCCGCGCCAAUCCCCGCCAACGAGUCGCAGCGAUUCGCUGUCCUCCCCGCGAGCGAGGAUGGAUUCGCGGAUCCAGGACGCGGCUGACAACGCACCGCUCAAGAGGGAUCAGGACUCCGUCGACGACUUCGAGCAUCUCGGCCACGACUCCGGCUCGCUGUCGGACGAGCGUACGGAGCAGCAUCCGCAGCAGCAUCUGCCGCCGCGACUGAUCGACCCACCACGUGUCGACGACCUGCUGCACAUCGGCGACUCCUUCCAGGCAUCGGACAACGUGCUACCGAGCGCGCUCCUCGUCGACGGCAACGUCGACGCGAAGCCCGUGCCCGCGACACCGCCGCCUUCCGCGGACUUCGAGAAGUGCGAGGCCAUGGCGCAGUCGUCGGACCCGUUCCAGCGGCCGCUGGACCCGGUCGAUCCUAAGCUGGCCACCAUGGCGUUCGUCGAGACCGAGCGGACGAGCGCGCACCAGCUGCUGCGCGACGAGCACGCCGAUGACGACGAGGUGCAGCUAGAGUCGCCGCCGCCGCCGCCGCCGCCGCCGCUGUCGCUGUUGCCAACCUCCUUCACCGCGGCUGCCGAGCCUGCCGCGUCCCUGUCGGACGGCGAUGCGGCUAAGCAGGCCAACUACGAGCUCGGUUUCGAGGAACACAGCAACGCCGUUGCCGAUCAAGGCAAGUCGCAGCACGAGCAGCGCGAGGCCGUCCCGGUGAGCGGCGCCAACGACUUCGGCGAGGACCUCGUGCGUGACGUCAGGUCGUCGGUGUUGCCGGCGCCGGAGAGAUCGCCGCUGCUGGACUUCCUCGGCGACGACGAGCGCGCGCCGAGCCAGCAGCAGGACAAGGUCAAGAAUAUCAUGGACGACGACUCGUGGAACGUGGUGGAGGAGGCGGACGUGAAGCGCGAACAGCUGAAGGAGCCGGAGCCGCCGACGAAGCCGUUGCCGCCCUUGCCGAAGGAGGCGGAGCUGCUGGAGACGGCGCAUCGCGACAAGUACGAGAUGUCCAACGACUUCCUCCUCGAGGAAGCUGCCAAGGACAAGCCGCCGCCGCCACCGCCGCCGCACUCCGUCGUCGCCAGAUCGGAGCCCGAGAACAACACGAAGCGCCGAGAGACGUCCAAAUCCAAGGAACCCGACUACGUCUGUUCCCGGCCGCCCGUCAGCAAGACCAAGAAGGACGAGAUCGAAAUCGCGCCCAAAGAGAUCUUCAGAGACAUUGGACUCGACGCAUGGUUUAACCCUGAAAGACUGAACCCACGAGGUAAGAGAACAAGUGAAGAGAUAUUCUUUCCGUUUUCUGUGUAGUCGUAGUAAUGUGUCGUCUCAGUGCGCGAUUUGCUGCAAGAGUUUUCGAGAACUCGAUAGAUAUACAAAGUGGCACCG